GGAUGCCCUGUCAUUCUAAUUUACAUCAUAAAGGCUCCUGUCACUGAUUGGUUAGAUUGACCCAAUGGAUCAGAGAGAAAAAGCAUUAUAUAAACAUCAGAGUGGAGUCAAAUUUCUGAACUCUCAUGUUUAGAGGUGGGCAAGAGGAUGCUCUUUACACUUGUUUGAUUAUUCAAUUGAAUUUUCUCAUAUCACAGAACUGGAGUCUGAAAUGUCAGGAUUUACUGAACCAACACUGGUGCCCAUGCCAGUGAAGAAGAUAAAAGAAGAAGAGUUUGAUGAUUUUCUUCAAGAAUACCUGUUUGCAGUUCAGAAAGAAAAAGAAAACCCUGGACUGGAUCAUGACUGUAAGUCUGAAACAUUCCUAUCAACAACCUUAAACUGUGAAGACAAAAAGUCUCCAUUGAUUAAAAUAAACCAGGAGGAAGACUGUAAUCUCAGAGAAAUUAUUCAGAAAGAUGAGAUGAGACAUGCUGAGGUUAAGGCACAUCUUAGUACUGAGUGUGGAAAAGCCUUUUCUGAGAUGAAUCUUCUAAAGUCACACCUGAGGAUCCACACAGGAGAAAAGUUUCAUCAGUGCUCUGACUGUGGAAAGGCCUUUGGUCAAAAACAUACUCUCAAGGAACACCAGAGGAUCCACACAGGAGAAAAGCCGUAUCAGUGCUCUGACUGUGGAAAGGCCUUUAGUCAAAGUUCUAAUCUAAUGAAACACCAGAAGGUCCACACAGGAGAAAAGCUGUAUCAGUGCUCUGACUGUGGUAAGGCCUUUAGUCAAAGUUCCUAUCUAAUGAAACACCAGAAGGUCCACACAGGAGAAAAGCCGUAUCAGUGCCCUGACUGUGGAAAGGCCUUUAGUCAAAAACAUACUCUCAAGGAACACCAGAGGAUCCACACAGGAGAAAAGCCGUAUCAGUGUUCUGACUGUGGAAAGGCCUUUGGUGAUGCGUCAACCCUCCUGAAACACCAGAGGAUCCACACAGGAGAAAAGCCUUAUCAGUGCACUGACUGUGGAAAGGCCUUUAGUCAAACUUCUUCUCUGAAGGUACACCAGAGGAUCCACACAGGAGAAAAGCCUUAUCAGUGUACUGACUGUGGAAAGGCCUUUAGUCAUUUUUUUUCUAUCCAGGUACACCAGAGGAUACACACAGGAGAAAAGCCGUAUCAGUGCACUAACUGUGAAAAGAGAUUCAAGACUAGGUCACAGGCCAACGUCCAUCAGCGCACACAUACAGGAGAAAAGCCGUAUCAGUGCUCUGACUGUGGAAAGGCCUUUAGUCGAAUAUUUAAUCUUAAGACACACCAGAGGAUCCACACAGGAGAAAAGCUGCAUCAGUGCUCUGACUGUGGAAAGGCAUUUGGUGACGAGUCAACCCUCCUGAAACACCAGAGGAUCCACACAGAAUAGUUUUCAGAUCAACACCCAUAAUUGCACGCAUACAGGAGAAAAGCCACUUCAGUGAUCUGACUGUGGAAUGGCCUUCAGCUAAAGGUAUCAUCUAAUUGGACACCAGAAGAUCCACACAAGAGUAAAGAUAAUGUACUACAUGUGGUAAGAGUUUCAGUCGAAACUCAACUCUUCAGACCCACCAGAGAAAACACACUAGAGGUAAAUAUCAACAAAACUGAUUUGACUGAAAUGGUAUUUGAAUAAUAUUGAGGUCAAGAUUUACCAAAACAUGUAUGUGCACACAAAAUGGUGAAACUGCAUAAAUAUUUUGGUGUUUUUGGUUUCGGAAGUCUUUGAAUCAAAUGUUUAAUGAACUGUCAUAGAAUUCAAAAUUUCACAUUUACUGAGAUACAGUACUCUUGAUUGAUCCUAUUCUAUUGAUAUUCUAUUUGAUCCUAUUCUAUUGAUAUUCUAGUUGAUCCUAUUCCUUGAUGUACAUGUUGUUUACUAAUGAGCUGAAUGAAUAUGAGACCAAAUCUGAAUAUAAAGAGAAACACCUCAUGAGAUCAGACAUACUGUAUAAAACUACAACUAAAAGUUGCGAUGCAAAAGCUCUUAUAAAUAUUACUAGUUGCUUUGAGAUUUUGGAAAUGUUAUUCUAUCAUUGUAAAUAAGUGUGUAGAAUAUGUACAAAUCAACUCUGCAUGACUAUGCCAAUGACAAGGUAUCUCAUAAUGCCUGAUUGAACAAAUUCAUGUUUAUUUUUUACAUGAAAUGGAAUGUUCUUUAAAAAAACAAAAUAAUAAACAAAACUCAGAAUUAUUUGGAAUAAAUGUCUUACCUUCUGAUGCAAAUGAUUAAGUCUUUGGGAAGUUGCAACAAAAAUAAAAGUUAUAAACAU